AUGCCUGCUAUACCUUUUCCCGAAAAGCUCUAUAGAGAAAAGUUGUACAAGAAGUUUGGAAGAUUUCUAGAUAUGCUGAGACAGGUUAAUGUAAACUUGCCAUUCACUGAAGUUCUCUCACAAAUGCCAACUUAUGCCAAGUUCUUGAAGGAGAUCCUCACAAAGAAGAGAAAGAUAGAAGAGACAUCGGUAGUGAAGCUCACAGAGCAUUGCAGUGCAAUAUUGAAAAAUAAACCCCCACAAAAGUGUGAAGAUCCAGGGAGUUUUACUAUACCCUGCUCUUUAGGCACUCUUAACUUUGAUAAAUCUUUAUAUGAUUCUGGUGCCUCAAUUAAUCUAAUGCCAUUUUCUAUUUACAGGAAAUUGGAGAAGGAGAAUGGAGAGAUAAGUUCGGUGCCGAUGUCUUUGCAGCUAGCCGAUCAAACGACUAUAACACCCGAGGGGAUAGUAGAAGAUGUUCUGGUGCGGGUGGAUAAGUUCGUAUUUCCUGUAGAUUUUAUAGUGGUGAAUAUGGAGGAGAGCAAGGAGGCCCCCCAAAUGCUAAGCUAUACUGGAUAUACAUGA